UAUAUAAAGAAGUGUGCUUGGCAUUUGGUUUGUUAAUUGUGCCAACUGUUUCGAGCAGCGAGCGCCCCCCAAAUACAACACGAAAGUACAGCCAUGAACAAGUUCGCCACCCUUGCGGUAUUCAUCUGCGCCUAUUUGGCCGUCGGCAGCUGCAGCUACGGCAGCGGACCCAUCUACGGCGGACUCCGCAGAGUCUCCAACUACGCUCAUCGCUCGGAGGGUGGCGGCGCCGCGGCCGCAUCCAGCGCCGCUGCUGCCGGUGGCAAUGACAGUCCCGUUGAGAUCAUUGCCGGUCCCCGUUAUGGCGGCAGCGAGCAACUGCGCCCCAUCCUGAUCGACUCCGGCUAUGGUCAUGGCGGCAUCAGCGGCAUCAGCGGACAUGGCCGUGGACACGGCAAGAUCGGACACAUUGGCGGUCUCGGCCUGGGCGGUUUGGGCGGUCUGGGUGGUCUGGGCGGCUGGUCCAGCGGUUACCGCCAGCGCGGCUACAACCAGCCUCGCUACUCGGUGGAGCCCGCUGGCGCCACUCUGCUGUACCCUGGCCGCAACCACUACCGCCGCAUCGUCUCGCCCGUCGAGUACUCGAAGGUGGUGCUGCCCGUGCGCGCCGCUCCCCCAGUUGCCAAGCUGUACUUGCCCGAGAACAACUACGGCAGCUACAACGAGGGACUCAGGUACUAAGAGCUUGAUCCUCCGUUCCGAGAACUCUUCCCUCAACAUCCGUUCGAAUCUCAAAGCUGGAUGAGUUCGUUGUGCCAAAAGCGCUAAAUAAAAUUGUGACAAACAGAAA